AUGGGCUUGAAGCGGACUGUGGCCGAUUGCGCCUGGGUUCCUCUCGUCUCGCACCUUGACGCGAAUAAUCUCAUUCGGCGUAUCAAUUCUUCCCUGAAGAUGUCCGUUCUGGACGCCGUAUGCAAUGCGACAUUCAUACCAGUCCUGUCCAACCCGAAUACUUACCCUUCAAGGGUGACAUUUAUUUCUGCCUUGACGAAGUUCGAUUAUAAUCCGUUAUGCACCGCCACGUGCAGGCCAUUCCUGCCCGCAUUUCUGUGUUAUUUUGAGCGACGGUUUUUUCUCCUGUAAAGUUAAUCCAACCAUUUUUAGUCUUUGAGUGGAGUUUAUUCACUGCUCGCUCAUCAUUUUUCUUAACGGACUACUAAUUCGGAAACUAUAAAUUGCAUAUUGUACAGAUUUUGCCUACCUCCUCUAAAAUUCAUAUGAACAUUAAUUUUUACUUGCCUUGCUGGGACCCGGACGGGUCUUUAAUAAAAAUUAUCUGUUUAGUUAUUUAUCUGUAAGAACUAUACUUAGGAUGUUGGAUAUGAAAAAGGUAGGCUGUUGUGAAAAAGCGGAUUUCCAAGGAUGCUUUGAUUGAGUGAUGUGCUAAAGAAAGGGAACUGUGCGACUCUUGGAGGAUAUGACGAUGCGUAUGGCGGAGUUUGAGUGCAUGGAUUAGUGUAUAUGGUUGAGUGUGCGUAUGGAGGGGUGGAUUCACUAGGUGGUAAAUGUAUCUAAACGGGUUUGAUUUGGGAAAGUAAGCUUAAGUAAUUUGUGGGUAGUUAUUAGGUGCUAAAAAGUUUGAAAUGUUAGAGUUGCUUGGCUUCUUCGUAUGCCAUGCAGGUGAAUUUUGGGGAGUAGAGGUGCUGUUGUAGAAGCUUAUUUUUUUCUAGUUGGGGUUUGGAGAACCCCUAUUUCUUAGGUCUACAUAUUUAGGGCGUUUUGAUUGUGCUGGUGUACUUAGUAAGGCAUUUUGGUUUGUAAGUCUUGUUUGGCGGUCAGUUCCUUCCACUGGUUAAUCGUUUGUGGGCGUUGUAGUAAAACUUAUACCGCUAUCAGGCGGUGUCACGUGACUGGAACCAGGAUCUACGCCUUUGUCCUGUUCUGGUUGAGUGCGGGCACCUUGAUGUGCCUCCUUUUUUGUUUCCGCCUACCAAUCCUAACGGCUUCUGCAGUUACGCGUUCCUUAUCAUGGGUAUUAGGGUCAGAUGCACUAGCUGGAGGUUGAUCUAGGGGGUGGUAUGUUUAUCACUAUGUCCGGGUUGGGCUGUGCACUUUUUUAUUGGUGCCAGAAUUAGAAGCACUUGCUAGAUGAUCAAUUGAUGAAGCGAAGUGCUAAUUAACGUGUUUACAUCCAGCGUCCUUUGCCGAAAGUUUACGUCUUUGCAUGGGUGUUAAGUCUGGACCUAUGACUGAGCUUGGGUUUCACAGUUUUCUAUUUAAUUCAGAAAUUUGUUGGAUUAUCUAGACCUUUGUCCGUGAGUAAAAUGCAACUAGUAUGCGUUUAUUUUUGCCUCUCGAGUGAAAUCUUUUGAUUGUGGCUAUGCGGAUGUUAAGGCAACACGAGUGUUUAAGUUGUUAAAUUGAUGGUGUUGGGUUAGCCGUGUGAAGUAUAUCAGGGAUAAUUUAAUGGAAGCUGUGUUUAGAUCUGUCUGCGGCUUCUGAGGAUACCAAGUGUAUGAUCGAUUCUAUUUGUGGAAACAUUACACCACCCCCGUCGUACCCGCUAACAUUUUUCACUAAGAGCCUGGUCGAGGCAUCACAUAAAGCCGCUCUUAUGCGAGCAGCGGUUGAUAACACUAAGCCGUCGCACUGGACUCGCCUUCCCGCACGAACCCUAUCUUAUCUACGAUGGGCUUAGAAACCCUUGUAUAUCUGUCGUCCUAUUCUUACCGUAAUAUAUUCCUGUCGGGGAAACGGCCGUUUAAAAGAGCAUGGCAUUCAUAUCUACGAUAGGACACAGUUCCAUCUCCGUCCUUCGAGGCAACGACAUGGCGUUGGUAACCAGAUUGACUACAGUCUCCUCUCCGCCAAACAGAUGUUUAUGCUUGACUAAAACGAUUUUCGGCAGAUAUCCCACUAUUGUGUGCACGUACUUGCCACUGCACUCUUAAAUCACCUUUCCUUCUUCCAACAAUCCUUUACUUUGGCCUUACCAAUCUGCUGAUGGUUUAUAUUAACAGUUAUACUGUCAAGCUCCAAACUUACUGAUUAAAUGGAGAGAUUAAGUGUUGGGAUUUUUAAGGCGAUCAAAGUAGUCAGAGGGGAAAGCCGCAAAAUGCUGUUGGUCUAUACUUGGACUGUAUUCGCUGAUCAGGUUACGGGACACGUUCGUCCCGUUGUGUCUUGGGGGUCAACAUAGCGUCUUCGCAGGUAGUCACAGCGGUCAGUACCGACAAAGGCAAGGGAGACUGAGAUGAAUUUUCUGACUUAUUAGCCGUUGUCGGUCAGCCUUACCCAACCCCAAAUUAGCACGACCUGAUAUUCGAACUCACGUUCUUUGGUCAUCUAGCGUUAUUAGGUCAAACGCUCUAAUAUUGAGCCACAAGCUCAUUUUCCCUCCGGUUGCGAUCGGGAAUAGUAACAGUGGGGAAGCUGCAUUCACUGAUCGAAUCUCGGGUCCUGUAAACUUGGAUUUUGGCAAGACCGGCUGACAACGACUAAUAAGCCAGAAAUGGCCGUCCCCAAUCUCCAUUGUUUUGUCGUUACUUCCUUAUGCAUAUACCAUUUGUCGUUUUAAGACUGCCUGCGAGAGCUCUAGAGUGAACCCUUAGACGCAACGAGACGAGGAUGUUUCGUUACCUGAUCACGACUGACAGGACAGCAGGCCCAUGACUCGAGGAUAAAGCGUUGAACUCAAUAAGAACUUACAAUAGAAUAGAAGGAGACCAACAGCACCCAAGAGGUGUUAUAAUAAGCCUAUUCUAUUCUAUCCCAUAGUAUCUGAUGACCGAAGAACACGGGCCCGAAUUUUAGGUCCCACAAACCUGGAACUGGGUGAGGUUAGUUGAUGAUGAGCAAUAAGUCGGAAAUGGAUGCUCCAAUCUACUCUGUCGUUGUCGAUUUACCCGUUCGGAAGAUGUUGGCUUAUUUACCGCAGGAGUGGUCACGGACCUGUCGUUCUAGUUAAGUCCGGUCUGCUUGAUGCAAAGGACCUUGAUAGAUGGUUAACAUACUUGUCUGGUUUAUGAUGGCCAUUUUUGUCAAAAUUCCUCGGCAUUUAUCCACAGUUUUUGGUGCGCGGUGUUGUCCUUUUCUGUCACUGGUGCUCCUUUUUGCCAUGUCCAUCCGCAUGUUCUAUUAGUCGUAAAUUUUCGUCAGAUUUUCCUCGGUAUUUAUUAUUUAGCCGUACCCUCUUAUUUUGUAGUCCACGGAUCCUCAAAUACGCCAAAAAGUUGAACUCUUGACCUACCGAGCUUAUAUAGCUCAACGAAAAUACAAUGUUGUUAUAAAUGAAAUAACGGAAAAUCACGAAGUUCUAAGCUACAGACUGGUUCGUCUUUUGGCCGGACUACAAUCCGGCAUAGUUUCCAAGUAAGUAAUCAGUUUUUCCUUCUAAAGGUACACAACUUUAGAGAAAAGAUACUCGAAGACUUAUCCUCUAACGUUUCGGAUGAUCUGCUCGCAAGCGAUGAGACUUCCCUCAUUAUUGCGGCGACCAUCUACAUGUACCUUGCCGUAAGGUUGCGUGUUAUGAUUUGCCAAUUUCCUUAUUAAGAUGCCGGAGAAGGCCCUUCGUGUUCUCCAUCGAGGAUCUACCCUUUUUUGGUAA